AUGGAGCGCCUUGUUUCAGAAGGAAUUUGGAAACCAAUUAAGUUUAGUAAUUGGGCAGCACGAGUCGUCGUGGUACCAAAGAGUGACGGGCGAGUACGAAUCUGUGGGGACUUCAAAGGUUUAAAUGCGCAGUUAGAAGUAGAACAUGUGCUUAUACCAAGAAUAGAAGAGAUGUUAUACAAGGUGCGAGGUGGCAAAUUUUUUGCAAAAAUUGAUCUGUCGAACGCUUACCUCCAGGUUGAGCUUGAUGAUGAAUCGAAGGAGUUUAUGGUCGUCAACAUAGUCAUGGGAUUGUACCAGUGUCAGCGGUUGCCAUUUGGAGUUGCUAGCGCUCCGGCAAUAUUCCAAAGAUUAGUUGAAUAG